AGCCUGUGAUUGGCUGGUGAGAUCCUGUCUUACUGCUCCAACGGGAAGCGACAUCGGCUGCUUAAUCUUUUAUUGAAAAAAGGCGAAAGGGGAGGCAAGCACGUCUGAAGUCGAACCUCUCCUCUCUGCCUUCAGUCAAGAUGAUCCACAGCUUAUUCCUGAUAAACGCUUCCGGGGACAUUUUCCUGGAGAAGCACUGGAAGAGUGUGGUCAGCCGAUCUGUGUGUGACUAUUUCUUUGAGGCACAGGAGCGAGCCACUGAGCCGGAGAAUGUGCCACCAGUGAUCCCCACGCCGCAUCACUACCUUAUCAGUGUGCUCAGGCACAGGAUCUACUUUGUGGCGGUCAUUCAGAGUGAGGUUCCGCCGCUCUUCGUCAUCGAGUUUCUGCACAGAGUCGUCGACACUUUCCAGGACUAUUUUGGAGUGUGCACAGAGGCGGCCAUCAAAGAUAAUGUGGUUGUGGUUUAUGAGCUUCUGGAGGAGAUGCUGGACAAUGGGUUCCCACUGGCCACAGAGUCCAACAUCCUCAAAGAGCUUAUUAAACCUCCCACCAUUCUUCGCACCAUGGUCAAUACCAUCACAGGAAGCACCAAUGUAGGAGAACAGCUUCCCACUGGACAGCUCUCAGUGGUGCCGUGGAGACGCACCGGCGUCAAAUACACCAACAAUGAAGCCUAUUUUGAUGUGGUGGAAGAGAUCGAUGCCAUCAUCGAUAAAUCAGGUUCCACCAUCACUGCAGAGAUUCAGGGAGUCAUUGAUGCCUGCGUGAAACUAACAGGCAUGCCAGACUUAACGCUCUCAUUUAUGAAUCCUCGUCUGCUGGAUGAUGUCAGUUUUCAUCCAUGUGUUCGGUUCAAGCGGUGGGAAGCUGAGCGGAUUCUCUCUUUCAUCCCACCUGAUGGAAACUUCCGGUUGCUCUCCUACCAUGUCAGCUCUCAGAACCUGGUGGCCAUUCCCGUGUACGUCAAACACAACAUUACAUUUCGGGAAGGAAGCUCCCAGGGUCGUUUUGACUUGACGUUGGGCCCCAAACAGACCAUGGGUAAAGCCGUGGAGUCGGUCCUCGUGAGCAGCCAGCUGCCGCGGGGUGUCCUCAACGCCAACCUCAACCCCUCCCAGGGAGCGUACACCUUUGACCCAGUCACAAAGUUGUUGACAUGGGAUGUUGGUAAGAUCAACCCACAGAAGCUUCCAAAUCUCAAAGGCACAAUGAACCUGCAGGCUGGAGCCUCCAAACCUGAUGAGAAUCCCACUAUUAACAUCCAGUUUAAGAUUCAACAGAUGGCCAUCUCAGGGCUGAAGGUGAAUCGUCUGGACAUGUAUGGUGAAAAGUACAAACCUUUUAAGGGCAUCAAGUACAUGACCAAGGCGGGCAAGUUCCAGGUCCGGACGUAAAGACUGCAGCUCCGUGGCCGCUGGAGCAAACCACCAUGAGACAGUCGGGUGUGACGGGGGAGGGGAGCUGCUGUGUUUUAAGCAUCGACCCACCAGGCUCAUUAGAACGGUCUGUUGCCAGUCGGUCAGAACUUGAUACAGAACACGUUCAAAAGUGCUUCAAAGAGUCCAACCUCUAGUUAAAGACACCACUUUAUUCUUCCUCCUAGAGUUUUAUUCCACACUAUUCCAUCUGCUCUGUUCUUUCCACCUUUGUUUGUUUCGUUCUGAGUUGUUAUUUGAUGGAUUUUACUUGUUUGUUUUGUCUGAAUCACUGGAAUCUGUAAACUGAUGUGUGUUGAACGUCACACUGGAACCACCCUCGCUCGUGCACAUUUUCAUGUGCAGGUACCAACAUUUCCUCAUGGUCCAAACAUCCAUGUAAAGUGACUGAAGCUGUUGCGACAGUUCAUUACCACAACCUAAAACACCUGUUUUUAUUCUUAUUAAAGUAUUAAUGAUGAAACUAAAGGGUCACAUCGAGGUGCUGUUUUAUCGCUUGGUGAUGAACCGAUCAGAAGAACAUUUGUGAGAUCUCCAAAGAGACGUUGGCCGUUUGUUUUUACACUAUGUUUGUGUUUGUUACACAGCCUCUGGUGGGGUGUUCAAGAGUGGAAAAAAUAAAUGUGUUACAACUAAA